UAUCAAAAUUCUCGUAAUCAAUAAUUGGCAUAAACGUAAAAAUAAAUACUUUGAUUAUUUUUCAUGUGAAAUAUCUACGAUAUGGCUUAUUAGAAUCAUAACUAAAGACAUGAGAAAUUACAAGGUUAAUUUUCAUUAUCGCCGAGAAAAACUAUCAACGAUAAUAUUGAAAAAAGAGAGAAAUCUUAUUUAACUGGGUAAUAUACUUAACUACGAAUUUUUGUUUCGAUCGAAACAUGUACGAUUUAUCAUUAAUUCUUUAUAAAUCUUUAAGGAUAACCCAUUUGUGAGAUCAAUAGAAAACCAAAUGAAAAAUAGGAUUGGACUGUUUAUGUUUGUAUUUUGACUGAGUAUGAACUGAAGUAACAAUGGCCACCCGUAGACCAGGUCUUACAAAAACCCAAGCUUUACGCCAAGCAAGAUCUUCGGCGCUUGUCAAGCAAUAUGCGGAAAAGAAAGAAACUAUUGAGCAACCUCAGCCAGAACCACCGAAGAGACGAAGAAUAGCACCGACCCAUGAGCCGAAAAAAGUUGACUUCACUAAACCGGGUUUAACGAAAGCUAUGCUAGCACGAAAAAAGCAUGCGGAGCAAUUUAAAAAAGAAUAUGAACGUAAAAAGGAAGAGGAAACCGCACAUGUUGGCCGUCGACCGAAACGAACAGCAGCACCGAUCGGUGGUGAUGCUAGGGUGGGUCGAGAAAGAAUGCCGAAAAAAGACGUUUCUCGAAAAACACCUUCCAAAGCGUUACCACCAAUACCAGAGAAAACUCGUCAGCUUGCAAAAACUAUCAAAGCCGAUGUCGUUCGAGCCGAACCGGUAGGUAAAGGACCGAUCGAUAGUAUCGUCAUACCAGCGGGAACGAUUAAAGAUAAUCGUACUACGAUCGUUAGUAUUCCUCAACCAGCAGAAGUCUCUAAAAUAGCUGAUCGUUCGAUGCAAGUAAUCAGCGAAACCUUAGACGAGCAGGAUGCCGUCGAAGCUGCAGCUGUACAAUCGAAGCUUGAUGGUUUACAGCAAGCAAGAAGAGAUUUUGUAAUGACUGUAGCGAAUAUCAGUGGAAAAGUAACCGCUAUCGAUCAAGUGCCCGCUAUAGAACUUGAAAGCCCACCUAGAUAUUUGCAUAGAGUACCGGAAUUAGAUGAUCCAUAUCUGCGUAUAGAAUAUACCAAAGAUCAUCCGAUCGUAGAGGCUGCCCGUGAAUUUAUGCAGAAAAGCCUUAACGCUAUGAGAGAAAGUGAAGCGGCAAAAAGAUGGGAUGACGAGAUUAAACAAAUCUCUAAGGUGGCAACAGAAAUAGCUCUGGGUCUAGAGGAUGAACUUCCUUUCCAUGAGGAAAAGCUUAUAGAAUUCGAUGAGGAUGAACAAUACCAUCCGCCUCCUACUCCACCGGGUUAUUAUGGUAGACAAAUAGCUGAUGAAUCACCUAUAGCCCCUCGCAGGGAUAUCUAUGAAUAUGGAAGCUUUGAUCCGGAAGAAUUGGAAAGAUUCUUUGAUAUCGAACAUUAUCCACCUUUCGCUAUGCCACCAGUAGGCCGGGAAACUCUUCCUCCCGAUCUUUGGGAAAUGGAGGAUCCGUGGUAUAUACCACCUUCAGAACCUGACCAGCCGCCUUUGAUUCAAUUUGAUUAGCGAUUAGUUGAUGAUAAUAACGAACAAAAUAAUCAUUUCCGCAAUCGACAGGAAUUUCACUUUUUGUCUUUCGUUCGUUCCUUUUUCAUAACAAUAUAAAUCGACUAGUGGUUCGCCUAGUUUUAUGUUUUAUUGUUGGUAUCAUUCAAAAUUAU